AUGGUGGCAGUCCUGGACCUGGUGCCGUCCCUGGGGAAGAACUUGGUGGCGGGGACGAGAGCACAGGUGGGCUCCUCGGGGCGCGGGAAGGAGCUGAUACGAACGGGCGCCGUCCGGGCCAUCCCGCCGGCGGAGGCGGCGGCGGCCCUCGCAGGCGGCGGCUUCCGGCUGCUCGACAUCAGGCCGGAGUGGGAGCGGAGCAAGGCCCGUGUGCGGGAUUCCCUCCACGUUCCCCUCUUCGUUGAAGACACCGACGGCGGCCCCCUCACCCUCCUCAAGAAGUCCGUCCACUUCGGCUACAUCGGCCUCUGGACAGGGCAGCUCCUCACCACCUUCAACGGCGACUUCCUCGGGCAGGUCCAGACGGUCGUCCCCGACAAGGAGGAGAAGCUUCUCGUCGCCUGCGGCGAAGGCCUGAGGUGACAGCACCGCCGCCCCCUACCUUUCUCUCUCCUCUCUUCUACUCUCACACCCUUCCUUUCUCUCUCCUCUUCUAUCUCUCUCAGGUCGAUGAUCGCGGUCUCGAUGCUGCACGCCGGCGGGUACAGGAAUCUCGGGUGGCUGGCCGGCGGGUUCAACCGGUCAAAGGGCGCUGACUUCCCGGAGGUGGAGGGGGAGACCGAGCUGCGGUAUGCCACCGCGGGCGGCGCCUCCUACAUCUUCCUCCGCCUGCUCCUGCUGCUGCAGGUGCUGGGGAAGGACAGCUAG